AAAAGGAGACAGACAUUUUUGAAUUGGAGAAGUGAGAUUUUUAGGAAGCUACUCUAUUUAGUAUUCUAACACAGAGCACAGUGGUGUAAUGAAUCAUGUGCUAAAAUGAGCUCCCAUGCUUCUGAAGAUCACAGAGCUGUCAAGAAGCCAUGUGUGUUUGAGCCCUAUAAGAAGUAUAAAAACAUUGGCAAAUGUCUGAUCAUCAGUAAUGAGCACUUUCCCGGAGCACCACAUUUGCAUAGAGCUGGCUGUUCAGUAGAUGAAAAUCUAUUGUCCAGAAUGUUCCAAUCAUUGGGCUUUCAUGUACAGUUGGAAAAAAACCUGACAGCUAAACAAAUGGUUGCCGCACUUACGAAAGUGGCCAAGGAUAACCAUGCAGACAUGUCCUGCUUUGUGUGUGUACUGAUGAGCCACGGAGAGGAAGGUACAAUUCUUGGCUCUGAUCAGAAUUGGAUCCCUUUCAAAACUCUGACCUCUACGAUGACAUCUGACCUCUGCCCUUGUCUGCAAGGCAAGCCGAAACUCUUCUUCCUACAGGCCUGCAGGGGGAGCAAAUAUGACCCUGGUGUUGAGACAGAUGCUUCAAAAGAACUGGAGGAAUUUAUGGGAAUGUCAGAUGUUCCUGAGCUGGAUUUUCUCUGCUGUUAUUCCACAGCGGAAGGGUAUUACUCAUGGAGAAAUCCAGAUUCAGGUUCAAUAUUUAUCCGUGAGCUUUGCAAGAUGUUUAUGGACUGUCAUCUAGAGAUUAUUCAGAUUCUGACGAGAGUAAACCACCGUGUGGCCAAUUACUUCCAGUCUUACACCACAGAACUGGAAACACAUAAGAAGAAACAAAUGCCGUGCUUAGCCUCCAGACUGACCAAGGAUUUUUACCUUCACAUGCCAGUCAAGAAAAAUAAUUUUUAAUUUGUUAUACACUGACAGUCUGCUGCAUACAGUGGACAAGAGAUUUUUUCAAUAAUUGUUUUGGUUUAGAAACCUAAUAAGGUUCCAAAAAUAUCAGGCAAGCUGUAUCCUUUGGGUCUCAGAAUAGAGAAUGUUUUUGUAGCAUUUAAUAAAUGAAUACUUAAAAAUAAAUCAAUAAAUAAACAAUCAU